AUGGAUGAAGCACCAGUGGUAGGAUUAGGCAGUGAUAGUGGAAGCAUGAGCAGCUUCAGGAAUUCUCAAGCCAAAGAUGGUCAUAGUUCAAGGGCAGAAAGGAGCACUUUCAGGCAAGGAGUGAAAGCCUUGAGGAACAGUAUCACUUCUGGCCACAAAAGAUCGGGAGCCCUGAGGAACAGUAUUAUUUCUGGUUCCAAGGGAGAAGGAUCCCUGAGGAGCAGUAUCAGUUGCAAUCCCAAGUAUUCAGGAGCCCUUCCUGGACAUGGUGUUCCGACUGUUACUCUUCACAGGCCUCUGGCUCACAGUGGUCUUCAACGUCCUUGCUGUCCCUGGAGCCAAGAAGCAAGAGCAGCAGUGCUCAUCUGCAAGGAAGUCAACCAGGAAAUUAAAAUGAAGAAGAAAGACAGUACGAAAGUAUGGCCAUUCAAGUAUGAUCAACUUCUCCACAUAGAAGACAAUGAUUUUGCAAUGAGGCCUGGAUUUGGAGGGGCGCCAGUACCAGUGGGUAUGGAUGUCCAAAUUGAAAGUAUUGACAGCAUUUCAGAGGUUGACAUGGACUUUACAAUGACCUUUUACCUCAGACAUUACUGGAAAGAUGAACGGCUCUCCUUUCCUAGCACAAGAAACAAAAGCAUGACCUUUGAUAGUAGAUUAAUUCAAAAGAUUUGGGUGCCUGAUGUAUUUUUUGUACAUUCCAAAAGAUCCUUCAUCCAUGAUACAACCGUAGAGAACAUUAUGCUUCGAGUAUACCCUGAUGGUAAUGUCCUCUUCAGUCUCCGGAUAACGGUUUCUGCCAUGUGCUUUAUGGAUUUCAGCCGGUUUCCUCUUGACACUCAAAACUGUUCUCUUGAACUAGAAAGCUAUGCAUAUAAUGAGGAAGAUUUGAUGUUGUACUGGAAACAUGGAAAUAAGUCCUUAAACACAGAUGAACAUAUUUCCCUUUCUCAGUUCUUUAUUGAAGAGUUCAGUGCAUCUAGUGGAUUAGCCUUCUACAGUAGCACUGGUUGGUACAACAGGCUUUUCAUUAACUUUGUGCUAAGGAGGCAUAUUUUCUUUUUUGUCCUGCAAUCCUAUUUCCCAGCCAUGCUGAUGGUGAUGUUGUCAUGGGUUUCAUUUUGGAUUGAUAGAAGAGCUGUUCCUGCCAGAGUUUCAUUGGGUAUAACCACUGUGCUGACAAUGUCCACUGUUAUCACUGGAGCCAGUGCCUCGACGCCUCAGGUGUCUUACAUCAAAGCUGUGGAUAUUUACUUAUGGGUCAGUUUUCUCUUUGUGUUCCUGCCCGUCAUUGAGUACGCAGCAGUGAAUUACCUCACCACGGUAGAAGAAAGAAAGCAAUUUAAAAAGAGGGGCAAGAUUUCUGGAAUGUAUAACAUUGAGGCAGUACAAGCAAUGGCAUUUGAUGGUUGUUACCAUGACAGCGAGACUGAUGUUGACCCGCCCCCCUUUUCUAUACAUUCAGAAGAGUAUUCAGUAAACAGCAAAAACCCUGACAACCCCACCACUGAUUCAGCUCAGCUGAAGAGGAAGAAGUCUUUGAGAGGCAAUGUUGGCAAAAUCAUUCUUAAGAAGAAUCAUGUCAUUGACACAUAUUCUAGGAUUGUUUUUCCUGCAACGUUUAUUGUAUUUAAUUUUUUUUAUUGGGGCUUCUAUGUAUGA